AUGUGCAGUAAAUACAAUCCUUUGCAACGCAAUAUGAACUGUUUUCACCCAAACUUCUUUGACCAAAGUUGGCUGUAGCAAGGUUUUCCUGCUUUUAUCUCUCAAACUUUUACCAUGACUAGACCCCCUUGGUAAUCAGUGGUGUCUAGAUUUGUUGUAUGCGUUUCGUGGUUGCUGACGAAGAGAAAAAGAGGAGAAUUUUCGCCAGAUUUGUUGGAGACUGGGUCGAGAACCAGACCUGACCUAACCACCCACCACUCCAGGAAGUCACAGGGCCAGGGAUCCCCUUCCGUCGAUCCAAGUCCGCCAAAAGGUUUUACACUUACAGGAUGCAUUGGAUCGUUCAUUUGGAGGGUGGACCGAGGAGAGUUAACCAUGCAGCAGUGUCUGUAGGGGACAAAGUCUACAGCUUUGGGGGGUACUGUACUGGGGAGGACUUUGAGACAACUAGACCUAUCGAUGUUCAUGUCUUCCACAUUGUAACAUGUCGCUGGAAAAAGCUCCCAAUUCCAACUCACAGUGACCCAGAUUACCAGUCUGUGCCAUACAUGAGAUAUGGUCAUACAGCGGUGGCAGUGGGGGAGAAGGUGUAUUUAUUUGGGGGCAGGAACGACUCUGAAGGAGCAGACAACAUUCUGUACUGCUUUGACACAACUACACUAAGGUGGUCCUGUCCGCAGGUGACUGGUGCCACCCCCCCAGCACGCGAUGGACACUCCCUGUGUGUGGUUGAUGACAACCUUUAUGUAUUUGGAGGAUAUGAACAGAUAGCUGACUGCUUCUCUAAUGAAGUUCACAAACUGGACACAACAACAAUGCACUGGAGACUACUACCAGCCAGGGGUCACCCUGCCAGAUGGCGAGACUUCCACUCAGCCACAGCGGUCGGCAGUAAGAUGCUGAUCUUCGGCGGUCGUGCUGACCAGCUCGGACCGUACCACUCCAACCACGAGAUCUACCCUAACUACGUUAAAGUGUUUGACACAGUGACCUUGAGAUGGAGUGAACCAGAGGUCAAGAACCGUGCAAUGAUCGAGGGCAGACGGAGCCACUCUGCAUUUGCACAUGGACAGUAUGUGUACAUUUUUGGUGGCUACAAUGCACUGCUGGAGAAGCACUACGGGGACAUGUGGCGACUGGACACAGAGAAGUGGGAGUGGAAGCAGGUGUUUCCCCUGAACCCAGGCCCGUGUGCCCGGCGGCGCCAGUGUGCAUGUGUCAUCAGAGACCAGGUGGUUCUGUUUGGUGGGACAAGCCCAUGUGAGUUUGGGCAGGUGGGAGAUCUGUCCAACCUGAUGGACCAUUCUGAUGUCUACAUCCUAGACCUUGCCCCAUCACUUAAGACCCUGUGUAAGGUUGCAGUCAUAAAGCACAAGCUGGACUGGUCUGUGCUGCCAUAUGACAUCAGAUGGGAGUUGGAAGCUAUGACAAAAAACAACACCAUCUCCAGACCCCUCCCCACCUUCCAGGGAUGACUGACACCUGUCAAUCAUGAACAUUACAAUAACCAUUGUUUUGAUGUGUUGACACAGUCUUAUUAUGUACUGCAUUUGAUGUACCAAAGUUGCUCAGACAGUAUUAGGUUUAUAUGACAUUGUAUAUAUGACAUUGCAGUCAAUAUAUACUGAAUGGGACAAAAUUAUCAGUUUUAGUGAAGUAAAUUUGAACUAGAACAAAGCAAAGACAGUUUGAUAUGAUAUGUUGCUAAGUCUAAAAGCUGCCUUUCACCCUGCUGCUAUUAGCUGGUUUGGGUAAUUUUUAGGCUUACUGCAUGUCUAUCAGGGUAUCAGAACAGUUGUGUCUAUAUACAUGUCUGGGUCAUGUCAGUGUAACCACUUACUACACGCAGUUGUCUGUUAUUUUUGUUGUGGAACAAUCUCUGUGGUCUAAUAUGGUAUAAUGACCUAAAUCAGCACCAGACUUGUGCUUCUGGUUGCCAGGGAAGUUCCCUGAUGAUCACAGUUUGCCUGUUCUUGUCUCUGAAAGUCAGCCUCAUCUCUCUGGAGGUAAGGGGAUCACCCUUACCCAUGAUAAAAUAUACAGUAUACAGGCCACUCAAGUCUGUAUAGCAGUAUCCGCUAAAUAGAUAAAUUCAUAGAUAAACCUGUAAAUAAAAACAGUAACCUGGAGCGGAUUUUAUUGUUGUAACAAGUAACAAUUAUUUCUUACCAGUUUUAUCCCAACAGACACAAUAGUGUAUGCGUACAUAACAGAUACCAGGAGGCACAUGCUUGCCUUUCUAGUAUUUCUUGAGUUCAGAACUUUUGAAGAAAGCAAUUGUCUGUGAAUAUCAGUUGAAGUUGAAAAUGAAAGAAGUGGUUCAGACUUCGGAGAAUAGAAUCCUUCUUCCACAUGGUAAUCUGUGCCAGAGAAUAUCAUAGCAGGAAUUCCAAGUUGGGGUGUUUGAAGACAUCUUGAUUUUAACUCCAUGUAAAAAAUUAUUGUUUUAUUUAGAAUGGCUCCUGUAAGGGUAACAGUAUUGCUUUGGGCCACAUCAGGGAAAUACUUUGGUUCUCAGACUGGGUUUGGUCAAUUCUCCACGAGCAAAAUAAGACGGCAUUGAGGUGACUGUAUUGCUUUUAAAUGAAUUGUGUCUGGCUCACUUUGAGUGAAUAAGGUGUAUGAAGUACUUAGUCAUCGCUCAUCAUUCUUUUUCCAGUUUCAAAUUGGAGGACGAAGCAUUUCACAGGAGUGGCCUUAGUGAGUAAUCCUUUGUUGACUUGAUGAACUGGCACUGGGGAAAAAUGUGAUUUUAAUUUUACUGUGUGGGUAGUAACAUCAGGUAUAAGGCAUUAAGUAUAAACGGAGAAGUCCAAAAUUGGAUUGCUGGCUGACAAAGAAAAUUUCUUACUAUGAAUGUAUAGUGUGAUAUAUGAAAAUGUACAAAGGGGAAUAAAAUGAGUUUA